GGCACUGUUUGAGCGGAAGUGCUCGCAGAGCGGGGUCGGGUCUGCAGUGAAAAUUCUCCAGGUACAAAUUCAGAUUAAUUCUCCACUUGUGGAAAGAAACGAUGCUGCCCUCCAAGGAAGCACUCAGACAGUCCAUCAUCCGGAGCCUGACCGCUGUUUCUGAUGAUAUCUGCUCCGCGUUUGAGCGAACCGUGGACGGCUACAAGACGGAGCUGGACCGCCAGCGCAGGCUGAUCGACGUGGUGUGGAACCCCAACAUCCGGCUGCACGUUAGCGACCUUCAGCUUCUCUGUGAUGACCUGCUGGUCCCGGCGCAGAGGAGGCCGCCGGGUCCCGGUCCGGGUCCGAGCCGGGAGAGGGAGCCAGGUCCCGGUCCAAGCCAGGUCAGGGAGCCGGGUCCCGGUCCGAGCCGGGAGAGGGAGCCGGGUCCCGGUCCGAGCCAGGAGAGGGAGCCGGGUCCCGGUCCGGGUCCGAGCCGGGUCAGGGAGCCGGGUCCCGGUCCGAGCCGGGAGAGGGAGCCGGGUCCCGGUCCGGGUCUGAGCCGGGAGAGGGAGCCGGGUCCCGGUCCGAGCCGGGAGAGGGAGCCGGGUUCUCCACAGAACCAUGGCUGCGUGGAGGAUCCUGCAGAGCCGGAGCGCCACACUGACCCCGGCACGGGGAAGUCCUGUGUUGAAUGUCACGUUUGUGGGAAAUCCUUCAAGCUGACCUUCCAGCUGAAGCGGCACUUGAGAUUUCACGCCGACAAGCCGUAUGGCUGCCACACCUAAAGGAAGCGUGGCUUUUUCAGUGUAGGAACUCAGACAGGGGAGGUUCUGACUCCUGCUGAGGCCUCGGAUGACAGGAUGAGGAAAGCAGCUUCAUUGUUACAGUCAAACCUUAUUUAGCUCUGAAUAGUCAGUGUUUAGAUGUCACGAGUAGAGUAGAGUAGAGUAGAGUAGAGUAGAGUAGAGUAGAGUAGAGUAGACAGAAACCUUUGGAGGUCCCUGGACCGCUUUCAGACCAGGCUCUGGUGAAUAACCACGCUCUUUCUGGCGGCUGGUCAGUGGAGUGUGUGUGGCGCAGCAGACCCCGUCUGAUUGGUCCAGCACAUUUCAUCCACCGUGCAUAGCAACACUCACCUCUGUAGAGUUUUAACUUCCUGAUGAGGAUUUGUCGAGCAGCUCUGACCUGAUGAGGAAAUCGUCACUUUGAUUGGAUGAAGCCGACCAGGAAGACAUUCACAUCAGUGGAGGAGCGGCGGGAAGCAGCAGUUACUCAACUUCUGUUGACUUUUCAACAUGUUAAACAGGAAGUCAGGUUAUGCCGUAAGUGUAAGCUUCAGCUUUUUGUGGUUUGUUCACUAGUUUGAGUUUUGCCGCCGGCCGUCCAUCAGGGCGGUUUGGAGCACCUUGCAACACCAGGGGGUGGAGGAUGAAGCCGUCUGAGGUCCUGCAGCAUCUGUCUCUGCUGCAGAGUUCAGGUUCCUGAGCUCCAUGUCUGCCGUUUCCUCCAGAAGAGACUGUUUUCUGGCCAUGCUUCCUGUUUCUCGUGCUUGUUGGAGGAAUUACAGUAACUCCAGAUGUUCGGCGGCGUGCUGCUGUGAAGAUUGUCUGAAUAAACUCAUUGAUUACA